UUUUGGAUGUUUCCACUGAUCGAACGUUCGGUCGAUUCUGCCGCUGGAUUUUCCUGAAGAGAUUUUCGCGAUGGGAAUUGACUUGAGUUCUAACGUGAACAGGAGCUGUUUGACAGUGCCAUGGCAACUUUGCAACUAUGGAGUUCAGGCAUGAGGCAGAAAUCGGCCAAUGAGCAGAGCCUGGUCAUUAGAGAGGGGCCACUGGGAGCAAAUUAGGGGAGAGGAUUGUGGUGUCAACAUAUCUGGGAAUCUUUCUGGAGUACAACCACAGAAUCGACUCGCAAGGAUGUACAUUUGUAACAAGGAAAUACCCAUGAUUUUGAUUUUCCAGCUUCUUAAAUAGCUUUAAAUUUUAUUUUGUCAGACUUCAGAAUUUCCUUUGAGCUGAUUUUCUGUUGAUCAUUUAUGGAAUAAUUUUGAAUAAUGCGUGGGUGUGAAGCCACAAGUUGCCUGCCUGUGCUGACAACUGACAGUCAUAGGAAGGGACAGAAAUGUGUAUCCAUGGUCCCAAGUGGAUGUAACCCUUUCCCAAUGUGCUGGGACAGAGAAUAUGACAGACACAUAGCAGGGGCUGUAACAGCAGGCAAAACCAUGGCAUCGCCAUAUCUGGAACCCAACCUCAACCAUUCCCUACUUGGAGGCUCCAAGUCACGCCUUAGUGCGGGAGGGUCAGACCGAACCAUCGGUAGCUCUGUGGACAGGGUUCUAAAAGUCUUUCAUCACUUUGAGACAAACACAGAGCAAAGCUGCUGGUCAUCCAACAUCAGAUAUGGGGAUGCAACCGACGUCAGAGGAAUCAUCCAGAAGAUACUGGACAUCCAUAAAGUGCGUUGGACGUCUUGUUUUGGUCUGCGUCUCACAAACAGCCAAUCCAGAGACAAAGUCCACUGGCUUCACCCAGACUUGGGGGUGUCUCACAUCAGAGAGAUGUAUGAACAGACGAGACCAAAUGAGGAGUGGAGGUAUGAGUUGAGGAUACGCUACCUUCCAAAAGGCUUUGUGCAGCAGUUCACGGAAGACAAACCAACACUCAGUUACUUCUAUCACCAGGUAAAAAAUGACUAUAUGAUAGAAAUUGGAGAUCAAGUAGAGCAAGAUGUGGCUCUUAAACUUGGCUGUCUAGAAAUCAGGAGGUUUUUCAAAGAGAUGAGGGGAAAUGCCCUGGAUAAAAAGUCCAACUACGAACUACUGGAGAAAGAUGUUGGUUUGAGACGAUUUUUCCCCAAAGAGCUGCUGGAUUCAGUCAAGGCAAAAACUCUCCGAAAGCUGAUUCAGCAGACCUUUAAGCAGGUAGCUAAUCUGAACGACGAGCAGUGCAUCCUCAAGUUUCUGGAAAUACUUGCUCCAAUCUCCCGCUAUGACAAGGAGUGCUUCAAGUGUGCUCUUGGGUCCAGCUGGGUUAUCCAGGUGGAGCUGGCAAUCGGACCAGAAGAAGGAAUCAGCUACCUGACCGACAAGGGUGCUACUCCAACCCAUCUGGCCAACUUCAACAAAAUUCAGUCCAUCCAGUAUUCUGCCGUGGAGGAGAAGGACCGGAAAGGCAUGCUGCAGCUGAAUGUAGCAGGAGCCCCUGAGCCUCUAACUGUUACGACAGCCUCACUGACCAUGGCAGAGAACUUGGCUGACUUGAUUGAUGGCUACUGUCGACUGGUCUCCAUGGAAACCCACUCGUUCAUUGUGAGAGUUCAAAAAGAGGGAGAGAGAGCACUGCCUUCCAUUCCAAAAUUGUCUAACAAUGAGAGAAAGUUGGAGGCUGUACGGAGUGGAGUGAGAACUAUUUCAGUUUCAGACAUGGUGACAUCGCCACCUCCAAAGCCAAACAAGGAGCGACGUUUCCUCCUUCCCUUUGUCUUCUGUUCUGAUUCACCUCCCAAUGAAGAUCUUAGUGGGGAUGAGACUGAUGACUACGCUGAAAUAGUUGAUGAAGACGACGCAUACACCAUGCCCUCCAUGAGCUAUGGAAUAGUUGAAGCGCGGGACUAUGAGAUCCAGAGAGAGAGGAUAGAGUUAGGUCGCUGCAUCGGGGAGGGUCAGUUCGGAGAUGUUCACCAAGGAGUCUACAACAUCCCUGACAAACCUUCGUCACCUGUCGCCAUUAAAACCUGCAAGAACUGCACUUCAGACAGCGUCAGAGAAAAGUUCCUCCAGGAAGCACUAACCAUGCGUCAAUUCGACCAUCCUCACAUCGUGAAACUGAUCGGAGUGAUCACAGAAAACCCUGUGUGGAUCAUCAUGGAGCUGUGCACACUCGGGGAGUUGCGGUCCUUCCUUCAAGUGAGGAAGUACAGUCUGGACUUGGCCACUCUAAUUUUGUAUUCAUACCAGCUGAGCACAGCGCUGGCUUACCUGGAGGGAAAACGCUUUGUGCACCGGGACAUCGCAGCACGAAAUGUGUUGGUGUCUUCAGUGGACUGUGUGAUGCUGGGAGACUUUGGUUUGUCCAGAUACAUGGAGGACAGCUCCUACUAUAAAGCCUCUAAAGGAAAACUGCCCAUCAAGUGGAUGGCUCCGGAGUCGAUCAACUUCAGGAGGUUCACCUCUGCCAGCGACGUGUGGAUGUUUGGCGUCUGCAUGUGGGAGAUCCUGAUGUAUGGCAUCAAGCCCUUCCAGGGGGUGAAAAACAACGACGUGAUCGGCAGAAUAGAGAACGGCGAGCGACUGGCCAUGCCUCCCCAGUGCCCGCCCACCCUCUACAGCCUGAUGACCAAGUGCUGGUCGUAUGACCCCAGCAAACGACCCCGGUUUACCGAACUGAAGACGCAACUCAACACGAUACUGGAGGAGGAGAAGCAGCAGCAGGAGGAGAGGCUGCGGAUGGAGAUGAGGAGACAAGUCACCGUGUCCUGGGACACCGGUGGUUCUGAUGAAGCUCCACCUAAACCCAGCAGACCAGGGUACCCCAGUCCUCGCUCAAGUGAAGGCUUCUUCUCCAGUCCCCAACACAACCACUUCCAGUCGUCUGCUCACGCUGGUGUUGGAAGCGUCUUCCCUCCUGCUGACGCCUGGAACCAGCUGAGGCCGGAGCACACGGCUCUGUGGAGCACUGACAUGGAGGAGGGUGUCAACGUCAGCCACCAUCUCAUCGAGGAGAGGCUGAUGAUGCAGCAGCAGCAGAUGGAGGACGACCAGCGGUGGCUGGAGCAGGAGGAGAGUCUCAUGAAGCCGGAGACCAGAAACAGCAGAGGAAGCAUGGACAGGGAAGACGGCAUGUUGCAAGCCCCGGGUGGUUCUCAACACAUCUAUCAGCCCAUUGGAAAGCCAGAAAUUGUUGCUCCUCCAAAGAAGCCUCCACGCCCCGGAGCUCCAGGUCACCUGGGCAACCUGACGUCCAUCAGCUCCGUGGAGAGCUACAAUGAAGGAGUGAAGUUGCAGCCUCAGGAGAUCAGUCCGCCGCCCACAGCCAACCUGGAUCGCUCCAACGACAAAGUCUACGAGAACGUGACGGGCUUGGUGAAGUCGGUGAUCGAGAUGUCCAACCGAAUUCAGCCGGCAGCCCCGGAGGAGUACGUCCCCAUGGUGAAGGAGGUGGGCCUGGCUCUGAGGACGCUGCUGGCUACUGUGGACGAGACCAUACCUGUACUGCCGGCCAGCACUCACCGAGAGAUCGAAAUGGCCCAGAAGCUGUUGAACUCCGACCUGGCUGAGCUGAUCGCCAAAAUGAAGCUGGCCCAGCAAUACGUGAUGACAAGUUUACAGAAAGACUACAAGAAGCAGAUGCUCAUGGCGGCUCACGCGCUCGCCGUCGACGCCAAGAACCUCCUGGAUGUGAUCGACCAAGCGCGACUCAAGAUGAUCACAAACCAGCAUUAGCCCACGGAGGAGGUCUUCCAGCACCGGAACACGGUGCCGGUUAUUGUAUUUUACUUUUGUAUCGCAACACACUACCCUCUGUCAGUACAUAUCUGAGCUCAUAACAUGUGUAUAAAAUCUAUUUUAUUUAAGUAGCAGUUCAGCGGCUCGUAUGAAGGAUGGACUUGUUCAGCAAAGCACAACUGGAACUGAGGAGCCGAGGCCAGGAGGGCCGUGAAGACCUUUUUGGCGGUGCAUCGUUGUUUUUCCAGCUGUGUUAUACAGUACUUACUCUCCUCACUAUAUCGUCUUCCAGAUAAAACACAAGAAAAGAAAUGUAUCGUUUUAACAGAGUGUAAAAAAGACAAACGUAUAAACUGAAAUCCACUGAUGAAAGUUGUGUAUUGAAUUUCGUCUGUUUUUAUAAUCUUCAUGACAUCCAACGCUCACAACUGAAAUAUCGCUGUGAUAUUUUUUCACUGAGAACUUUAUAGUAACUCAACUGUACAAAUUGUUAUUAGCCAAAUUUGUUAUUUAUGAGAACUUCGUAUAAAUGAGAGUUUUGUAGAAGUGUGUGAAGGUCUCAAGCCGCCGUCAGAUCAGGAGCCAUUUUGUCAUAAACAAGUUUCCUCUCAGUGGUUUCCCUGGAAGGAAUUUCACAUG